UAGGGUUUUGUCGACGGACUGGAUUAAGACAUUUCCGGCCGCGUUUUCAGAGGCUCAGGAGUCGUGGGUGCUGGGGUGUAUCUUCGGUUUGUGCAGAAGUCGCAGUAGUCAAGAAUGAGCGGAACCCUGGGAAAGGUGCUAGGCCUGUGGAACGAUACUCUAUGUAAGCAAGCCUUUUCCCUUCUAAGAUUCAGAGUUUUAGGAGAGAAUCCCAUUUAUUCUGCAGGUGGUGUUCUGAGGAGCAGUCGACACUACAAGACAAAGCCCACGCAUGGCAUUGGAAGAUACAAACACUUGGUGAAAGUGCUAGAGCCCAAAAAGAAGAGAGCAAAAGUGCAAGUGAGAGCCAUUAAUCUGGGGACAGAUUAUGAAUAUGGCAUUUUAAAUAUCCACAUGACUGCUUAUGACAUGACUCUGGCAGAAAGUUACGCUCAGUAUGUCCACCGCCUCUGCAACAAGCUCUCCAUCAAAGUCGAAGAAAGUUACGCCAUGCCCACCAAAACCAUGGAAGUGCUGCGGCUACCCGACCAAGGCAGCAAAAUGACCCUGGACUCAGUCCUCACCACCCACGAACGGGUGGUUCAGAUCAGUGGUCUAAGUGCUACAUUUGCAGAAAUUUUUUUGGAAAUACUCCAAAGCAAUCUUCCUGAAGGAGUCAGUUUGUCAGUGAGGGAGCACACUGAAGAAGACUUCAAGGGAAGGUUCAAAGCUCGGCCAGAACUGGAGGAAUUGUUGGCCAAGUUGAACUAAACACUGCAGGGCCUUUCCUGUGACUGUCGGCUCAGAGCAGCUCUUCCCACGUGAUCAGAGUAAAGGAGGAGAACGAAUGCUCAUGGGGAAGGCCUUCUGCGUCUGUGACAUGCUGUGCUGGCCAGUCACCGCUUACCUUAGCAAAACCUAGGGUGGGCACCGAAUAAAAGUCCGCUGUUGCCUAAUAAAAACUCUGUGUGUUCACUCUCUGAAAA